UGUGUGGGCGUUGAGAGGACACGCCUAGACGGAGGACCAGUGGUGAUCGAAGUAUCAAACAUUCUCUCUUCCUUUUCAAAUGCUAUCGUCACAGCGCUCUUUCAUCUGAUCGAAGAGGAACAUCUAAGUCCUCUCUUCCGUUCAUUGUUUCUAUCCUUUCUUUUAUCUGUAUAGUUUCGAUGUUUACUGCUGCAGUUGGAUCAGCUCCUGGUCUUUCAUUUAUUCCGCUGCUAUUCGUUGCCGAUGGUUCUUUCAAUCAUACUCUGAUCACCCCUUUCGUAAAUCUACAUGUGUCUUCUACUUGUUGCCGAAAAUCUCCUCUCAAAAGAUCAUCAUGCAUUGUUAAGGUCUCUGUUUCUGGCGGCGCCAAGACCGAAGGAGUUGGGCAAACCGAAGGGGUCCGUGAAGAUUCACCGGCUACGGAUGAUGCCAUUCGACAAUCCCGGAGGUCUGCUGAUUGGAAGGCAGCAAGGACAUACAAGGAAAGUGGAUUUAUCUAUCGGGGUAGAAUUGAAGGCUUUAAUGGGGGAGGUUUGCUUGUUCAAUUUUAUUCGCUUCUGGGCUUUCUUCCCUACCCGCAGUUGAGUCCCUCUCACUCAUGUAGAGAGCCACACAAGAACAUUCAGGAGAUAGCAAAGGGCCUAGUUGGUUCUCGUAUUGCUGUGAAGGUGAUCCAAGCAAGUGAAGAGAACAGAAAGUUGAUCUUCUCUGAAAAAGAAGCAAUUUGGGAAAAGUAUUCACAACAAGUAAAAGUAGGGAAUGUUUUUGAAGCAAGAUUAGGUUCUGUUGAAGAUUAUGGGGCCUUUGUUCAUUUACGUUUUCCUGAUGGUUUUUAUCAUCUUACUGGGCUUGUACAUGUCUCAGAAGUUUCAUGGGAUUUGGUUCAAGAUGUGAGAGAUAUCCUAAGUGAAGGUGAUGAAAUAAAAGUUAAAGUUAUCCAAAUAGAUAGAGAAAAGUCAAGGGUUACUUUGUCAAUCAAGCAGUUGGAGGAUGAUCCUCUUUUGGAGACAUUGGACAAAGUAAUUUCUCAGGAUAACCAUAUUGGAUCUGAUAAUUUGAGCACAUCUGAUGAUUUGAAUAUUGAACCUCUUCCAGGACUAGAUAUUAUAUUGAAGGAGCUACUACAAGAAGAUGGCAUAACUGAUGUUAGAAUCAGUCGUCAAGGGUUUGAAAAGCGUGUGGUUUCACAAGACUUGCAGCUAUGGCUUUCCAACGCACCGGCCAUGGGCAAGCAGUUCACUCUCUUGGCUCGAGCUGGCAGACAGGUUCAAGAAAUUCAUCUGACGACUACACUUGAUCAAGAAGGCAUCAAGAAAGCAUUGCAGCGAGUACUGGAACGUGUCCCUUGAGCACAUCAAGUUCCACUAUGUCACUAAUGCUAUUGGAUAGCUAUCAAGUUUGUCGGGAUUCUAUUUUUUCCAUGUGCAGGUAACUAAACUGAAAGCCUGAUAAAGAUUAUGGGAAAAUGUAGCCUUUUCUUUUGUAUAGAGGGACUUACUGAUUCUAUUGUAGUCAACUAAUCAUAGGGAAAUUAUACAACUACAUGGUUCUUA